AUGAAUUUCCAGGAGCUCCUUAGCCUCCUCCUGGAGCAGGCCCACUCGCCGUCGACUCCGGUCCUCAUCUGCGGGAUCCUCUUCGUCGUCAUCUUCCCAGCCGUCCUGCAUCUGAUCCUCACCCGGACGACGCAGCACAUUGCGCUGCCGACGGUCCUCCUAGCUGGCCCCUCGGGUGCCGGCAAAACGUCGCUUCUGGCUCUCCUCGAGCGCCGCGGCGGCAGCGUCGCCACGCACCCGACGCAGCUCCCGCAUAGCGUCGAGCUGUCCGUGGCGAGCCGGUCCGACGACGCCAAGCAGCGCAAGACGAGCUUCCGCGAUGACCUCGACGCGCUCGGCGCCGAGGCAUCCAACUUCCUCGUCCAAGACACUCCCGGUCACGGCAAGCUUCGAGGCGCGGCGCUGAGGCGCGUCGAGGCCGCGACGGCCGACAAGAUCCGCGCCGUCGUCUUCGUGGUGGACGCCGCUGCGCUCUCGGAGCCCGACGCACUCGCCGACGCCGCCGCAUUCCUGUACGACGUCCUCAUCAGGCUGCAGAGGCGGACGGGCAAGACCACGUCCAGCCGCGCGCCAGACAGCGUGCCUGUGCUCAUCGCCGCCAACAAGAUGGAUCUGUUCACGGCGCUUCCCGCCGUGCUUGUCAAGAGCAACCUCGAGGCCGAGCUGGGGAGGAUCCGCUCGACAAGAAGCCGAGGCCUUUUGGACUCUGGCGUCGGCACUGACGAUAUUGAUGCCGGCACUGAGGAGGGUGACGACUGGCUUGGGCAGUACGGGAGUGAAAAGUUCAUGUUUGGCCAGAUGAGGGAAUUUGAUAUUGAGGUUGAUGUAUUGGCUGGUAAUGUUGAGGGCGAUGGACCUGGUGUGGAUAAGUGGUGGGAGUGGAUUGCGGAUCAAAUCUGA